CAUUGUAUACAGGAAGUGUGACUGCAGUCACUUGACGCCUCAUGCAAAUGCAAUCCAAACAUUCUUGAGUUUCUCCAAGAACUGCGCUGUGAAAGCGUCCGUCGGUCAGAUCCAGCAUGGGUGUAGAAGCCUGGUACAUGGACUGCUCUGAUGAAGACCAGAGAGAACCGCACCGACUGGACCCGAAUCAGCCCGUUUCCCUGGACGAGUUGAAACAGCUUGGGGUCUUUCACUGGAAGCUGAAUGCUGAUAUCUAUGAAUCAGACCCAGAGCUGGAGCAGAUCCGUAAAGACCAAGGCUACUCCUACAUGGACAUUAUCACUGUUCGCAGGGACACCUUACCUAACUAUGAGGAACAGCUAAAGAAGUUCUUUCAGGAGCACCUGCACUUGGAUGACGAGAUCCGCUACAUCCUGGAUGGCCGGGCCUACUUUGACAUCAGGGACAAGGAGGACCGAUGGAUCCGUAUCGCCAUGAGCAAGGGGGACCUGAUCACCCUGCCGGCCGGCAUCUACCAUCGCUUUACCCUGGACGAGACCAACUACACCAAAGCCAUGAGGCUGUUUGUGGGGGAGCCGGUGUGGAAAGCUUACAACCGUCCCGCUGAUGACUUUGACAUCCGCAAGAAGUACAUGGCUUCUCUGCAGGGGUCCUGAGAGAGAGCUGCAGCACACAACACUAACAACAACGUGUGUUCCAUAGGAACACUAUUCUAGAAUAAGGUUUUCUAAUGUGAUUAAUUUACACUGACAAUGUUUAGAAACAUACUGCAGUUUAUUGAAGAUCUUCUGUAGUAGAGCAGUCAUAUUAAGCACCCAGUGCUUUUUAGUGCUGAAUGAACUGACAUAGUCUACAUGUAGACAGUCAUAGAGGUGGAAUCUCAGAAACUACUCAUCAAAGGUCCGAGCCUUUCCUUUUUUAUCCUUUUCAUGCUUUCCUGCUUUUUACUAUGUUGUAUUUCAGAGGAAAUACUGUACUUUUCACUUCACUACAUUUGAUACCUGUUGGUACAUUGAAAAUACAUGAUCAUGUCAUAACCUCCCCAACAGCAUAUAAAGUAGCUAAGAUUAGCUUCAUGAGUUAAUGCAUCAGAAUGGAAUAAGAAUGCAGUUUUUAUUUACUCAAAAGGCUGAAUGCAGGACUUUGACUUGUAUCGGAGCUCAUGUACUUCAGGUGUGACUACGUCCUUCACUGCAGAACAGUCUAUAGUGCCUUAUUCUCCUAUUCUAUCCCUCAACAGCAAAUUCUCAAAAUGAAUAAUGCAGCCUAGAAGUCAUAUUUUCUCAUUUCCUGUUCAAAUCUCUCUGAAUCAGAGGUGAGUGGUGUCGCUUGAGCGCUGCUGUGCUAAUCGGGUAGAGCAUCUCUGAUAGAUGAAUGGACGGUUUUGAUCUAUGGAAAAUAAAUCUACUGCUGUUUUCAAUGUA